CAGGCUUAAGGAAUAAGGAUUUUUAUAUACUUAUCUAUGGAUGAGGAUUUCAAAUUUCGUCUUUUGAUCAUAAUAUUAUAUUUAAUAUAGGUGUUUCAUGAUUAUUGAACGUUUGUACAGUUUCUGUAUUUCGUCGUUAUGGCCAUAGAACUGACUACUAAUUCAAUCGAAAAAUUAUGUAGUGGUAUUGCAGUUCAAAAUGCAGUCGUUCAAUUACUUAUACAAUAUUUACAGGGAUACGAAUUGGUCAACUGUCGUAGUCAUAAGUUAUAUCGACUGGUACUUUCCGAUGGUGUGUACAUGAACUCGUAUUUUUACUUAUGCAUCCAAUUGAACUAUUUAUUGAUAGAAAACAAAGUUAAAUAUGGAACCAUACUGCGCAUCGAUGAAUAUAAAUUUAAUGAUGGUGAAAAUUGUAUGAACCGUAGCCCUAGGCAAUUACUAUUAAUUGAAAAAGUGUCUAUUUUAGUGCAUAGAAAUGCAAUCGGUAAUCCUUUACCGUUGAUAAAUAUUUUAAAGAAAAAACCCAUGUUGAUUAACUUAAAUUUGAAUAAAUCUCCAAGUAGGGCAUUUAAUUCUUUUGAGCAAUUGGAAAACAAUUUAAGAUUUGUCAAAGAGUUAAAUGAUGCAACCAAUGGGAAAUGCAGCUUUGUACUGAAACUUUUAGUGAUCAGAAAGUAUCCGAUAAACACAUAUAACCACUGUCAAGUUCUAAAUAUGAAUAUGGAAGAUUAUAGUGGUAUGAUACGCGUCAGUGCAUUUAAUUCGUUAAGUACGAUAAUGGAUGCAAUAUUUCAGGAAAAUAAAAUGUAUUUUAUUACGGAUACAGUAUUAAAAAAAAAUGCAGGUAAAUUUGAAUUAAAGUUACAAUCGUAUUCAGUCGUAAUAGAAUGUCCUGAAAAAACAACAGCUGAAGGCUUACCAACAAACAUAUCAACUUUUGAUACAUUGUUGACAAAUAAUCCAAAUACAUUUUGUGAUUUGAUUGGAGUAUGUAUAGAAAUUGGUGACAUUGAAGUGUGCAACAACACGACUGAAAGAACAGAAGUAGCAAAACGUGAUAUUGUGUUAAUUGAUAAAUCAAUGAGAACCGUAACAUUGAAAGUGUGGGGUGAAAAUGUUAAUAAGUUCAACAAUGAAAACAAAACUCAUCCUGUAGUGUUAGUCAAACAAGCUAUCCUCAAACAAUUUAACGGAGUUAAACAUUUUACAAUGCAGAAAGCUAGUACGCUGUUAAUCAAUCCAAACACAAUAGAAGCCCGUCAAAUAAAAGAGUGGUACAACAGUUUGGGUUCAAUUGAGGGCACUUGAGCUCAAUUGUUAUAGGUGUAUUGUUGUUAUAUUGUAUGUCAUAGUAAAGAAAUUGUGUAUGUUAUAAAAUAUGUGUUGUACAUGAAUUGUAUAGGCAGAAAUAGUAAAAUAAAAUAAAUAUUACAU